UCUUUAGUCAUACUCCUAAGUUGGAAUAAGAAAAAUCUGUACUUGCUGUUUUUUAAGCCUAUGGCUACCAAGGUACUUGUAUCUGACCUUAUUUAUGAUGUUAACCAUGUUCCCACAAACUACAUCCGACCCGUCUCCGAUCGCCCGAAUCUUGAUCAAGUUGUUCAGUCAUUUGAUCAUUCAAUUCCUGUCAUUGAUCUCCAAGGCUUCAAUGGUAGUAUGCACUUUGAUGUGAUUAACCAGAUUGGCCAAGCUUGUCAAAACUAUGGCUUCUUUCAGGUUAAAAACCAUGGAGUACCAAAAGAAGUGAUUGAUAACGUGUUAGGGGUGUCGAGGGAGUUUUUUCAUAUGCCGGAAAGCGAGAGGCUGAAGAAUUAUUCUGAUGAUCCUCUGAAGACAACGAGGCUUUCAACUAGUUUCAACGUGAAAACUGAAAAGGUAUCCAACUGGAGAGAUUUCUUGAGACUGCACUGUUAUCCUAUAGAGGACUACAUACAUGAAUGGCCCUCCAAUCCUCCAUCUUUAAGGGAAGAUGCAGCAGAGUAUUGUAGAAAUGUAAGAGAUUUAGCUCUGAGACUAGUUGAAGGGAUAUCAGAAAGCUUGGGCCUAAAAGGAGAUUACAUAAAUAAGGCAUUGGGGAAGCAUGGACAGCACAUGGCUCUCAAUUUUUAUCCACCAUGUCCACAACCAGAACUUACAUAUGGGUUACCUGGUCAUGCUGAUCCUAAUGUCAUAACAAUCCUCCUUCAAGAUGACGUGCCGGGCUUGCAGGUCCUCAAAAAUGGCAAGUGGCUUGCUGUCAACCCCAUCCCAAACACCUUCAUCGUCAACAUUGGUGAUCAAAUACAGGUACUUAGCAAUGAUCGCUACAAAAGUGUGCUCCAUCGGGCGGUGGUGAAUUGCAACAAGGAGAGGAUCUCAAUUCCCACGUUCUAUUGUCCAUCACCUGAUGCUGUGAUGCAACCAGCCCCCGAAUUGAUUGACGACGACAAUCCUGGUGUUUAUAGGAGCUUCACAUACAGCGAGUACUACCAAAAAUUCUGGAACAGGGGACUUGAAACUGAAACCUGUCUGGAUAUGUUUAAGACAUCCUCUGCUUGAAGUCAUUUCUUUAUGUCCUUGAUGAGUGCGGAAGUCGUUCUUGAUUAGUUUCUUUAUGUUCUUGACGAGCCUGGGCUCGUAGUUCCGGCUUAUAUUCAAUAAAAUGUACUUCCUUUUCAGCUUUCAAUAUUAUAAACUAUAAAUUCUAUGACUUGAAUUGAUCUCAACCUUUGAAAUUAUUA